AUGCCUUUUUCAUUACCAAUUCAAGUUAUUUCACAAUGGCUGCUACUAUUCCAACGAAUUUUUAUGUUUAUUCUAACUGGGAAAUCUGUGCUAGAACGAAUUAUAGCAAAUCGUAAAAUCUCGUUUCCGUUACGUGUUUAUCAAAUUAAAAAUUCAAUUAAUUUUACUUCAUCAAAAAGUCUUGAUUAUGAAAUUAACCAAAUGAAAAUCGAUAGAAAGAAAUCCUUGAUUCAUGAUCAAUUGUAUACUGUCAUACAUAAAUUAGAAUUAUAUCAAAAAUUAAUUAAUCAAAUAGAUAAAAUAAGAAAGACGCAAGUGACAUCAACCGACGCAGAACAUCUCGAUUUAUUCGAGAAGAUAUGGUCACGUCUUGUUACUCAAUCGAAUGAUGAUCAUGAGCCAAUGAGUACGAUUUCAAAACGUUGGACAAAAAUUGGUUUUCAAGGUCCGAAUCCUCUUACCGAUUUUCGAGGUAUGGGUGUUCUGGGUCUUCAAUCUAUUGAAUAUUUAUCUCGUGAUGAGUCAACAUGUUUAACCUAUGUUAACAUUCGGCCACCCAAUGAUUAUUCAUUUGCUAUAGGCGUCAUAAAUGCUGUUUCGUGGCUUGUUGCUUUAGUUGAAAUUGAAUCGUCCAAGAAUGAUAUUUCUCAUCCAUUAUUAACAUAUUUUUCUGUUCAUCCCUGUAAUCUUAAUGAAUUUUUCCGAUUAUUUUCACUUGUUUUUAAUGAAUGGCAUCAAUUUUGGAUUGAUCAAAAAGCGGAUAUUAUGCAAUUUGAACAGUUAUCAAAACGUUUUCGUGCUCAAAUGCUGGUUGAAUGUCAACAAGGACGACCUUUACAACAAGGAUUUUCGAAACGAAUCCCUAAACAAUAA